AAGAGAAAGACAGCGUGAGGUCUCUCUUAUCAGCAGUCUCUGUUAUAUAAGUGCGUCGUCGAAUAAAACUCGAGCUCUACACAUCGCUGCGGUGUACAUACAUCUAUAUACAUACGCGCGUCCGUGUUUGCGUCGCAUGUUAUUCCGAUUCUCUCCCGGUUUCAUCGCCGCGCGCGCGCAUGAAUAAACAGAAACAGCGCGUGUGUACGUGUGGCGGCCGAGUAUUAUAUAGCGAAGCAGCAGCAGUACACGCUCGGCCUGCGCUGAUAGAACGGAGGGGCCUAUUCUCGCACGACUCAUCCCCCUUCGUUAUCCGAUUUUUCGAGUGCAAUGGCAUUCGCUGCUCUGCGACUGACGAGGUUUGCGCUGGGCAACGGCAUCGGCGUUUCCGCAAGCAGGGCUCGUCUCAUCUCGCUGACGUCACUGCGCCACGGCAAGCUCGUCGCAUACAAACUAGCCGACAUAGGCGAGGGUAUCCGCGAAGUGACCGUCAAGGAAUGGUUCGUCAAGCCGGGGGACAAGGUGUCGCAGUUCGACAACAUCUGCGAGGUCCAGAGCGACAAGGCCUCGGUCACGAUCACCAGCCGUUACGACGGCGUCGUCAAGAAGCUCCACUACGACAUCGAGCAGAGCUGCCUGGUGGGCGACGCUCUGGUCGACAUCGAGCUCGAGACCAACCACGACCCCACCGAGAACGAGUCCGAGAAGAAGAGUCAGGCCCAGGACGAGGAGCCGAAGAAACUCGACGUCGCCGAGAGGAGUAUCGGUAAGGUGCUGACCACCCCGGCGGUCAGGAAGAUCGCCAGGGAGAACAAGGUCGACCUCGUCAAGGUCCAGGCCACCGGAAGGGACGGCCGCGUACUCAAAGAGGACAUCCUCGCUUACCUGGGACAGGUCGGGAGAGCCGAGAGCAAUGAGGAGCCUCCGAAGCCGGAAGUCGCCAGGCCCUCCGAGAAGAAGUACGCCAAGCACAUGUGGAAGUCCAUGACGCAGUCGCUGACCAUACCGCACUUCGUCUACAGCGACGAGUACGACGUCUCGAAGCUGGUCAAGCUGCGCGCUGAGCUGAAGGAGGCCUUCGCCAACGAGUCCCUGAGCCUCUCCUACAUGCCCUUCUUCCUCAAGGCGGUCUCGCAGGCUCUGCAGCGAUAUCCCGAGCUGAACGCCUGGAUCGACGAGAAGAACGAGGGCGUGGACAUCAGGAAGGAGCACAACAUCUCCCUGGCCAUGGACACCCCAGGCGGUCUGGUCGUUCCCAACAUCAAGAACGUCCAGGAUCUGAGCAUUCUGGAGAUCGCCAAGGAGCUCAACAGGCUGCAGGCCCUCGGGAAGAAGGCGUCGAUUCCACUGGCUGACCUCACGGCUGGAACCUUCUCGCUCUCCAACAUUGGCAUCGUCGGAGGCACGUACACCAAGCCGGUGAUCCUGUCGCCCCAGGUGGUCAUAGGUGCUCUUGGAAAGAUCCAAAGACUGCCGAGGUUCGACGAGCAGGACAACGUGGUAGCCGUCAACAUCCUGUCGGUCAGCUGGGCCGCGGAUCACAGAGUCGUCGACGGCGUCACCAUGGCCAAGUUCUCCCAGCUCUGGAAACACUACGUCGAGAAUCCCUCUCACCUGCUGGUGGGCCUGUGAGAGCGACGUUGCGACGGGCACCCGAGAGAAUUGCUGUGAUUCGUUUUUUAUUAUUUUAACAGACAUAUUUUAUCAAAAAGUUUAUCGAUGCUCAAAGAGUUAUAAUCUCAGAAUCGUAAACAGCGAGAACACUCUUUCGCCGCGAAAGUUUUCUCGAACGAUUCAAGAGGGACUAUUUUUUUUUUUUUUAUCGUUAAUCUCUGCUAUAGAAAAUUUAACUGACUGUUUCUACAUACAUGUGAAAAUGAAUAAAUAACUUUUUCUACUCUUCAAA